AACGAUACGAUAGUUAUUGAAAAGAGCAACACAGAGUUAUUAUAAAGGUGAGCCCUACAUAAUGACAUACUAUCUGGAAGUUGGAACUGCUUUAUAGUAAUCUCAGUAAUCCCCAUAUUAUGUAGUUAUUGUACACUGAAUGUUAACCCACCACUGUCAGGCAGUGGUUCACACUCUGUUGAUAUCUCACUAGUGAGAUUUGUGGGUUCUCACCAUUCUUAAAGUCGAGUGUGUCCCACAACCAAGCACUCUGCCUAGAAGUCCUACAUUAUAUAAUUUUAUAUAAUGAUCUGGACAUAAGUGGCAAGUAGCUCUUGAAAACAAACAAACAAACAAACAAAUAACCCACCACUGCCUCUAGGAUUUAGGAGUGAACGCUUUAUGAUAAGGAUUGUUAGCAGACUAUUCGCACGAGCAGGCCCACUGUAUUACAGAGUCACCACGCCCCUAGAGCACGCCCAUCUGAGGAUCUGCACCAGAGUUUACUCGAUGGCAGAUAACAGUGCGGAGGCUCCAGCUCUUAGCAAGAGUGCUGCUAAGAAGCUAGCAGCGAAACAAGCUAAGGAAGCCAAGAAGGCCGAAACUCAGGCUAGGUUAAAAGCUGAAGCUGAUGCACGCGAUGCUGACGAUUACAGUAAAGAUAGAUAUGGGAAAUUACCCACCUGUAACAGCCAUGAAAAGACAGAUCGCAAAUGGACUGAGGUAGAGAACCUAAGUAAAGACAUGGUGGACAGUGAGGUUCUGGUGAGAGCUAGAGUCCAUCUCAGCAGACUAACCGGCAAGCAGUGUUUCGUUAAACUCCGACAUCGUUACUUCUCUGUUCAGGCAGUGUUUGUUGUAGAUGAAAAGACAAGUAAACAGAUGUUAAAGUUUAUUGGAGGAUGUCCUAAGGAGAGUAUAGUGGAUGUAGUUGGAACAUUGGUAACUGCUGAUAAUCCUGUUGAGAGCUGCUCCCAGAAACAUAUUGAGAUUCAGGGUAGCACGUUUAACGUGGUGUCGGAAGCAGUGCCACAGUUACCGCUACAGAUAGACGACGCAUCGCGCCCACUUGCUGAGGACGGACCUGUAGUCAACCAGGACACCAGACUCAAUAACAGGAUCCUGGAUCUGAGAACGCCAGCUAACCAGGCCAUAUUCCGUAUUGGUCACGGAGUGGCAGCCUUGUUCAGGGAAUACCUGACUAGUGUUGGUUUCACUGAGAUUCACACACCCAAGAUAAUAUCCGCUGCUAGUGAGGGUGGCGCUAAUGUUUUCCAGGUGUCGUACUUCAAAGGUAACGCAUAUCUAGCUCAGUCCCCACAGCUGUAUAAGCAGAUGGCAAUAUGUGCUGACAUCGAGAAAGUCUUCACGGUAGGAGCAGUGUUCAGAGCAGAGGACAGUAACACACACAGACAUUUGUGUGAGUUUGUAGGACUGGAUAUUGAGAUGGCGUUCAAAGAACACUACCACGAGGUUCUGACAGUGAUAGGAGAGAUGUUCCUGAGCAUGUUUAAAGGACUACAGACUAAGUAUGCUACCGAGAUAGAUACUGUGUACAAACAAUACCCUCAAGAAGCCUUCAAGUUCAUAGAACCUGCCUUGAGACUAGAGUGGCCGGAUGCAAUCAGCAUGCUACGUGAAGCAGGGGUAGAUAUUGGAGACUUUGAGGACCUCAGCACACCUCAGGAGAAAUUCUUGGGCAAGUUGGUGAAGGCGAAGUAUGAUACAGACUUCUAUAUUCUGGAUAAGUUCCCACUGGCGAUCAGACCAUUCUACACCAUGCCUUGCCCUCAUGACCCCCUAUACAGUAACAGUUACGAUAUCUUUAUGAGAGGAGAGGAGAUAAUGUCGGGCGCUCAGCGUAUCCACGACCCCGCAAUGCUGGAGGAACGGGCAAAGGUACACGAGAUCGACCUUCAGACCAUCAGAUCCUACAUCGACUCUUUCAAGUUCGGAGCGAGUCCUCACGCUGGUGGAGGAGUCGGAGCCGAGCGAGUCCUCAUGUUAUAUCUGGGACUCGACAACAUCAGAAAAUCGAGCAUGUUCCCUCGUGACCCUAAACGACUGACGCCAUAAGUAUAAGAUGUUUUAGAUGUUGUCAUGGCUUAGGACAGGAUACUAGUUUUGCUUUAACUGGGUUUAGCUGCGCUAAAUUAGCUUUCAUUUGAAGACGUAACGCUUUAUCUAUUAUGGAGCGAGUUUACAAGGAACAUUCCUGUCCUAAUCUUUGUUUUAGCGAUUUUUAAAGAAUUGCUUGGGGAUCUUUCA